AGAGAGAGUGCAUGAAAGAGGGAUAAUGAAAGAGAGAGAUAGCAAGAGAAGGAGAUCAGGGAGGGUAAGAGCUUGCAGUGGAGGUGUUGAGACAAAAGGACAGGUACUAUUCUACUGGUGAGGAGAAAGACUAGUCAGUUGACAGAGACAGACAGGCAGGUAGAAAGCACAGAGCAAGUUAACCUCAGAUGUGUUUUUAGUGUUGGAUUCAAAGACUAUUAUCAUCAUCAAACCACUCUGGAACAAAAAACCGGUCAAGAGGAAACCAACAUCUAACCAAGAAAAUAUCUACAGUAUUCUCUACAACAGAAGACUGGAAAGAGAGCUGCUAUACUUGUAAAGACAGCACAGAGAGUAUUUCAUCGUUUUUAUUCAUCAGCCCAGUAACUGACCAUCAUGACACAUCAGGUCAGCCGCUCUCCGUUCCUCAAGCCCUUCUACACGAGGACCCCGGUUGGUGGGGUCAUUCCGCGAACCCAGAGACGCCACACGCUCCCCGCCAGCGAGUUCAGAAACCUGACCCCACAGGACGCCAUCAGCGUGUUCGAGAUCGAGAGAGAAGCAUUCGUCUCUGUGUCUGGCGAGUGUCCACUCACUCUUGACGAGGUGCUGAACUUCCUAAGUCAGUGUCCGGAGCUCUCCCUGGGCUGGUUUGAAGAGGGCCAGCUGGUGGCGUUCAUCAUCGGCUCAGGCUGGGGCAAAGAGAGACUGGAGCAGGAGGCCAUGACCCAGCAUGUCCCAGAAACCUCGGCAGUGCACAUCCAUGUGCUGUCUGUGCACCGCCACGCUCGCCAGCAGGGUAAAGGUUCCAUCCUGCUGUGGCGCUACCUGCAGUACCUGCGAUGUGUGCCAGGCCUCCGGAGGGCCCUGCUGGUCUGCGAGGAGUUCCUGGUGCCCUUCUACCAGAAGGCAGGCUUCAAGGAAAAGGGGCCUUCUGCCAUCACCGUGCCCAACCUCACCUUCCAGGAGAUGGAGUACCAUAUCGGCGGAGCGGCCUACGCACGGCGGAACAGCGGCUGCUAGUCACUGCCGGCCGUCACCACCCCGCUCAUAAUCACAUCAAUCCUAGCACUGGAACUCAUCCACCACGUAAUCAUAGACUCUGGUCAUCACAGUUGACUGUCCAGAAUACACUAUAGCAGACAGACAGAUCCAAGCACCAACCUGGUCUCAGAGCAUUUCAUAAUAUUCUGUACGUAAAUUCGAGACACACCAUUUAGUAUGAUAGGUUACAUUUGGUAUGGUUACAUAAGACAGAUGGUUACUUAAGAAGGGUGGUUGGUCAGGAUGGGUGGGCGUAUAACACAAACAUCUAGCAAAGAUUGCGAGUUCAAAUCUCAUCACGGACAACUUCAGCGACUUUUCAACUACUUACUACUUUUUAGCUACUUUGCAACUACUUAGCAUGUUAUCCAGAACUUCCCCUAAGCCUAACCUUAACCCUUUAAGCAAACCCUUCACGUUUAGCUAACCUUUCACGUAACUCUAACAAACCUUUUAGCUAAUCUUCCCCUAAACCUAACCCUAACCUUAACCCUUUAACCUAACUCAUAAACUUAACCCUAACCCUAACCCCUAACCUAGCUAAUGUUAGCGAGCUAGCCAACAUUAGCCACCUAGCUAGAAUUCACAAAAUAUUACACGUUUUGUAAAAUCCUAAUAUAUUGUAUGUUUUGCAAAUUCUGAACAUUUAAUACGAAUUGUAAUUCGUAAUAUCAUACGAAAUGGGUAAUGGACAUCUACCAAUCAACACAUACCAUACCAAACGUAACAUAUGGAUUAUCCCAGAUUUACAUAUAGAAUCAUAUGAAAUGCUCUGAGACCAGGUUGCAACCACAGGUGCUCCAUGAGAGAAGGCAAUGCCCCAUCAAUCUCAGCUGCAGCACCAGCAGGAUCCGAGACACCAUCUUUCAGUUCCUCACAGACAGCAUCCCGACGCCCUGCAACAUAGACAGGGGACAUGCACCAUCACAUGAAGGGGACAAGAAUGGGUUUCCUUAGAAAACAGCAACAGAAAGCAAAAAAAAUGUCUGUUCGCGAUAGAAGACAGAAUCAGAAUAUGUUUGAGAUGCAAUGUGGAGUUUCAGCAUAUACUUUGUGUAUACGUCAUUGAAUUAUCAAAGUUCGAAUUUUGCAGGCCCAACAUUCUUCAUUUUUAUGAUGCUUAAUUUUGAGGGAAUUUAAAUGUAAUGUUCCUUGCCACAAAUCGUACUUUGUAGUACUAUUCUUGUUUGAGGUUUUUAUUAUUACUAAUACUACUAUUGUUAUUGAGAUACUGUUACUGAGAUACUACUAUUAUUGAGUUCUCUGAGUGUGAUGUAAAUACCAUUUUAUUUUUCUAAACCCUAUUAGUCCUCUGGUGUGUUGAACUCUUAGGCUGUUGCUUAUCUUUUCGUAUUAACACUAUGAUGUACUAAGGCAAUAAAGGGAAACAAUGCCACAGA